AUGGUAAGGGGUGGGAUGUUUCGCUUAUUGAUGGUGGAGGGACCAUGGCUGAGGUUGUGGAACUCGUCCCUACCGCCUAAGGUUAAAGACUUCAUAUGGCGUUGUCUGCGGAAUUUUUUGCCGGUUUUGUGUCGGUUAGCAGAAAAGGGUUCUGCGGUCCUUGUCGACUGUGUUCGCUGCGGGGGAAAUGAAGAGAUCGAUCAUGUGUUUCUUGGGUGUCCGCUUGCUGCUUUGGUCUGGUCUUUGGUGGCCGUCACGCUUUGGAGCCUUUGGUAUUUUCGUAACUCUGCUGUCUGGAAAGCUUCUUUUGUGCCUUCGCAGCAGGUUGUUUCUUUUGCUGCCAGUUUCAUGCAGGAUUGGGCAGCCUCGAGGAGCGCCUAUGGCCGGCUCAAGGGGUUGUCUUUGGCUCCUUUUUCAGCUGCUACCGUUUGGUCUCCUCCGCUGGCUGGCUUGGUUGAAUGUAACGUUGAUGCCGCCAUCGGUCACACUGCUCGGGUCUCUAGCUUUGCUGCGAUGGUUCGUAAUGAUUAUGGUGAUUUUGUCAAAGCAGUCUCGGGUUGUUGUUCUGCUAUGUUUAGUCCUUGUGUGGCGGAAGCUACCUCGGUUAGGGAAGCCUUCUCUUGGUUGAAGGUCGAAAGCUUCGAUUCUGUCUUGGUCCAGAUGGACUGUCUGGACGUUUGUACUGCUCUUCAGUCUCCGCGGGAAGAUUGUUCAGAACUCCAAUACCGGAAUUUCUGCCAUGAGCUCCUUGGUGUGAGGUUAUGGUAA